AGCCCAUAUGUGGCAAUUUGUACCUCGCUUGCCACGGUCGUCUAUACGGAGUAUUUUCUUGCGCACACCGCCCACACACCAACCGUGGAAUGACUGAAAUCUGAUUUAUUAUCGCUUUUGUGACGUUUUGUCAUUUUCCCCUUGAACUUUGGACCUCCUCACCACCACCAACACAUAGCGACUAACGAGUGCAGUGGUGGAGACGUCAAAAGUGUAAGAAGGUGAGAGAUUAAGAUGUCGCUAGUAGAUUACGCAUCUUCCGACGAAGAAGAAGACGCCUCCGUUAUAAAUGACCAGCACCGCCGUCCUACACCGUCAACCACCACUUUCUCCGCCUCUCUUCCUCCACCCACCGUCCUUCAGCCUCAUUCAAUGAAACCAUCAUCUGAACUACUAUCCGAAGAUAUCUCACCUUCACCUAUUGGGAAGCUCCCUGAUGCUUCAUUGCUCUUAAGUUCUCCUCUCUCAUCUCAGCAAAUUGGUAGCGAUCACUCUUCUCGAGUUGCAGCUGCUAUGGCCGAGAACGCAUCACGCAAGAGAGAAGCAAAUGGGUCAAGUUCUUCAAAUGUUCGUGGUAAAAUUCCAAGAGGGAAUUUGCCACACAAGAAGGAUAUUCCAGAUACUAGCAGUGGUUUGUUGAUGCCUCCACAGCUUCGUGGAAGUUCUCAGCCCCUAAUCCCAUUGUUUAAGGGGGAGAUUUACCAUUUAUGGAGUCUCAAGAUGAAAACUAUGUUCAAGUCGUUCCUAGCACAAGCUGAACCCGAUCCGGUCAAAGGCUACGGAAAAAUAGGAAGAGAGAUGCAAAGGCUCUGUUCAUUAUCCAAUCGGUAUUGGAUGAUGAAAUUUUCCCACGAAUUUCUGCUGCGUCAACAUCGAAACAAGACUGGAAGAUUAUCAAGCAAGAGUAUUUUGGUGAUAUGAAGGUAAUUGCUGUAAAAUUACAAACUUUUCGUACACAAUUUGAGAGUUUAACAAUGACAAAAAAAAUCAAUUCAAGACUAUUUGUCUAAAGUGUCUUCAAUUAUUAGUCAAAUGAAAAUAUACGGUGAUAAUAUCUCAAAUGAGACAAUUGUGGGCAAGGUGUUGAGGAGUUUGAAUAGUGAUUAUAAACAUAUUGUGACUGCAAUUUUAGAGUCUAAGGAUAUAUCAACUUACACAUUUAAUGAGUUGAUUAGUUCAUUUAUGGCUUAUGAGGAGAGAAUGGAUAAGUGUACGGAUGAAAAUGUUGAGGAGAAAGCCUUUCAAGUUAAGGGGCAAAUGUCGGGUGAUUGGUAUUAUGAUGAAGGUUGUGGUCGUGGUUGUGCUCGUGAUGGAGGUGGUUGUGGUCGAUUCGAAGGGCAACGUCAAUCCAUGAGUAGCAUUCAAUGCUACUAUUGCAAAAGGUAUGGUCACAAGAAGAUAGGAGUUGGGAUAAGCAACGUGAUGAGAAAGAGCAAACCAAAAUGUCUAAGGAGAAGAAAGCAACAUCUUCUAGUCGUGUGUUCUUGUUUGUCGAGAGUUCGUGUUGAGAUUAAAAAAAAAAGUAUCGAGUUCAAGUCGGAGUCCACCGCAAUAUGGAUUAUUGAAGACAAUAGCAAUUGUACGUGAUUUGAAUCAAGGGAGGAUGUUAGCUUAAUGAUUCAAAUUAAUUAGACAAUAUUUUGUUUGUUAGAGUUUUUCUAGGAUUCAGUUACUUAGUGGUUUACUAAGUCAUGGACCAAUGGGUCAAAGAUCAUGGGAUAAGUUUAUUGAUUUUAUUAGUUAGUGGGUCAUUAUGGGAUUAUGCUUCCCUUCAUUUUAGCUUUUUUUUUUUUGUCAAGCACGUGUACUUUGGUGAAUUAAUGCAAUGUUAUUAAGUUA